CCGUCAUGUCGCGGGAACAGAAGGUGUUUCGGAGGCAGCCACUCUUCCUUUUCCCCUGCCACUUCCGACUCUGUAACAUUUCCAGUUCCUUCUUCUCGCAGUCAUGGCGAGCGGGCAGUCGGUGUUCAAGGGUGCGUUAGGCUGGGACGACUGGAUCUGGUGGGUGGCCAUUGGCUGCGUGGCGCUGCUCAUCCUCUUGCUGCUGGUCUGCUGCUGCGUCUGCAUGCAGCGCGCCAAGCGCAAAGGGCACGAGGAGGCAAUAGCGGCCGUACAGGCUCGUCAACGGCUCACACAGGAGCGCGAGCGCGCCGAGCAGGAGCAGCAGCAGCGCUAUCAACAGGCACAACAGGCCAGUGGAUCGGCCAACGGUUACCAACCGCCGGCUUACGGCUACUCGAAACAGGUCACGGCCGUGCCAUUGGCACCUCCACCGAACCGCAAAAACCUCGGCCCACAGGUGGCGGCCAAUGGCUACCGUGAGAAUUCGUCGCAACUACACAACCAGCAAUUUGCCAAGCCGUAUCCGCCGCUGCCAGCGCAACAGGAGGCAGGGCAGGCACCGAACCAGGAACGGCAGUACCAGGCCCCGCCGAAAUGGUACAAUGCCGGCAACGCACAGAGCCGCAGUCCACUGAGUCAUGGCUACGAAGCCAAUGCACCCCGGCUCAGCUCCAGCAGCUUCGGCUACGACACCAAUUACCCGGACAGCAUGCGCUACGACGACCCGUAUCCUACCGGCGGAGGUCCCGACGGAGUUCCGUUCAUGUCGGUCACGUCUCCGUCGGCGUCUAAGAGCUUGAAAGCCAACAGGAAAACCGGCGUGAGACUGGGAGCGCCCAAUAGUGAACAGGACCAGAUCCCUGCACCUGUUGUAGUGCCGAGAUACACGCGAGCACCGCCCAGUCCUUCUGAAGCUCGGGCCAGUGCUGGUUCCGGCGCGUCAGGAGACACGCUGCAGGCUCGAAUUGACGCCUUGCGGUCAGCGGAUAGUAAUGACAUGGUACACUCACGCAUUAGUGUAUCCGAGUCGGACGGUCCUUUGAAUGUCCACAGACCAAGAGCUUUGAAUGCUCAGGAGUCGUACGCUUCAGGCUCGGCACGACGCGGUCUGAUGGUGGGUAGUUUGUUGUCUCCUAACUCGUCGGCGGUGCCGGCGUCGCUCUCGUCGCCGUCGGGCUCUUUGGCAAGCGCUCGGAGUUACGAGACGUUCGACCCUGAAGCGUUCGAGAGCGCCAAAUCCACUGAACUUGGAGCCGUCCUUACUCACGGCUCCAGUCGGUCCAUUGGCAGUGACUAUUCCCACGGGCAAUUUGAAGACGCCGAGAGUUUUGGUCCUGGCGAACGCAAUUUCAAGAACAACGGCAGGAACAGGUCAACGCGGGAGGACAAUGUAUCGUUCAACAGCCGCGGCUCCGUCGAAUUUUGAGCGGGAAAAGGAUCAGCUACGUCUUGUCACGGGAUGUCAGAAAUUACGGCAUUUGGCGGUCGAAGGCCAAGUCGUAUCAUAGUUGCAAUGCCGUAUCUAAUGUUACUCUAGUUUGUGAAGAAACAUUUCUCAUUUUACCACCAUCGAGAGCGUGCACCGCCAGAUCCUGUCGAUAACGGAGGCAACGCUGCUGCUAAACUGCUGAGUCCUGCACUAAACCCCGAUCCAGGUCGUCCAUCGUCCGCGUCUACUGCUCUGUUGGUCUGUCGUAGGCCCAUACUGUUAUUGUAGUUGCUGUAGCUCCCUUCUCCUCGAUUGGCAAAUGCCAACGUUUGUUGCAAAAAUGUAUCAAAUGCUCCACUUGGCUCCAUUGACAACGGUUCCGCACUCUGCAACAGGAAGAAAAAUGUGAAUAAAAGUAUCAGAUUCCUCGGCAA